GUUUUGCACCAUCCGUCAACGGAACUUCAACGUAGCGCGUUCACUCUGGCAGUUUCUACUUUAUUUUUAUUAAUUUGUUUUAAAUGAAUAAUUGUGUUUUUUGUUCUAAUUUUAAUUAACUUAAAAUUGUUUUUGUAUCAUUAGUUUGUUAAACAAAUUAUAUUUUGUAAAAAUAACCGUUAUUCUAAUCGAAUGCAUUUCUUAUGUAAAAAUCAACCAUAACCAACAACGGAAACGGAAAUAUCGCUUGCAUUUAUUUUUCAUUCAUAAAAAGGAUUAGUAAAACGUUGACUGUCCGUUUCUUCGUUUGUUCGUUAAUAAUUCAUUCAAAGUGAUCCAAGUGUGAUGGAAUUUCGCGUGAUAAAUUCGAUUUAUGAUUCUAAAUAAAAGCUUUAUUAAAAUUCAUUGAAAAAAAUGAUGUUUAAAUUCUAACGUGUCCCAGCAAUUUAUUUUAUUUAAAAACAAAACAAAUUUAACAAAAUAAAAAAAACAACAUCACACAGCGAAUGUGAGGAAUUUGUUGUUGAUUUAUUAAAAAAUCAAAUUUGAAAUUAAAAAUAAACAUAAAAAACGUUUUGUCUGAUGUGAGCGUAGCGUCGCGUCCGCGUCCGCGUCUGUCAAGUCGUCCAGUCCAUAUUUUAAAUAAAUGACGAUAGGUACUUUGUGGUUUUUGUGCGUUGAAAAAUUUUGUUCGACAACCUGAGAUCCGAUUUAAUAAUUUGUUGUUCGUUGUUAAAUGUUUUGAUGCCGAUGCGCCGUGACAAUAUUUUUAUAUUCAAAUUUCGGGCUAUCUAUCAUGAAUAUUGUCAUUUCACAGUCAGACUACAUCACCUAACGCAAUCAGCUCGAUCUGAUCAUUGAAUGGAGUAAUUUACAUUGCGAACGUCGUCUUCGUAGUCGUUGUGGUCGUCAUCGUCAUCAUAUCGCUGAUGCUGAGCGUCGGGCUGCCGUUGCUAGUGCUGUUGCUGGAUGAUGGAAACGAUGAUGAAUUGAAGGUCUUGAGAACAUCAGGUCAUAAUGUUGGCUUCCUUUUGAUUCUCAAAACAAUUUAAAAUUUAAUAAUAAUUGUAUCUUCGGGACAUUUCAUGGUUAAUCAAUUUCGAAAUUGAAUAAAAUAAAAUUAAAAACAAAAAAACAUCAUGAACUUGGAGCAUGCCAUUGUAGUUUUGGAAAUACUCACAUUUCUACACGAAGCGUCAUCAAUUCAGAAUAGUCAUGUCCACAAUGCCCGACUAAGAAUUGGAGGAGAAAUCAAAGAAGCCCUUGGCAUCACUACAACUUUGACGGGUCAUGAUGUUAAACGAGUACAUAAACAUCGCAAUAGAUGGCGCUCAAGAAAACGAUCAGAGAGUUAUUUUUCUGCAUGGACACCUUGGUCAAAAUGUGAUAACUUAUGUUACAAACGAAGGGAAAGGUAUUGUAAGAUGAAACGAAAAUGUGGUUAUACAAAACAUGUUGAGGAAAACCGAUGUUUGAGAUGUCAUCUGCCAUAUGAGUAUUCCGAAGUGACGCAACCCACACACCAUAAUGGACCAUUGCCAAUAAAUUCAAUAGUCAAUGUCCAUCAAAUACGACUACCAGUAUUUCAAGAGGUAGACAAAUCCAAGGACAAAGUAUCAUCGCCUCCUGAUGUUGCUGAUGACUUCUAUGCAUUUAAAAACUCAAAUCGUGGUAGAACUAAGAAAAAACGAAAACCAAUACUAAUCGAUGUUGAUGACUAUGAAGAUCUAGAAAAUGAAGAUGAAUAUGAAGAUCACAAUAACAAUAACAGUCACCGUCAUUCUGAAAACUACAUCGGAGUGGCAAAGUUAAAAGGACGAAGUCUUAGCCAACGAAAAACUACACGAAAUAUUACACCCGAUACGCAAUUAUUCGAAUACGAUGAUUCCGAAGAUGAUUCAAGUAGUUCGGGUACUGAAGAUUACGAAGCUGAAUAUGCAGAAGCUGAAGACUUUGAAUACAAGAAUUCAACACAAUUAUCUGCCAAAGAGAAGAAUGUCAUUGAUUCUGUGCCACUGCAUCGAAGGGUUUAUUCGAAGUGGAGUAAGUGGACAAAAUGCACACCCAAAUGUACUACUCGUAGAUAUAAAAAAUGUCGAAUACGAGAACAAUGUGGCCGAGAAGUCCUACGUGAAAUAGCCUACUGCUACACGGAAGGAAGUUUCUGCCAACAAUGGUUGCAAGCUCAGCUUCAAAAAUCCCAGCCAUAUGAAAUACGACCAGUAGCAUCACACCGAAAAGACUCAACCCAAACGUCAAAUUCGAUAGUAAGUGAUUUUAUUAUGAGCAGCAAAGGCUAUCGCGGCCCUGAAUACACCCCGAUGAAACUCAAGUGUGGAAUUGCGCCGAUUAAGAAUCCAAAGCGAAACAUUUAUAGUAUGCUCAAGAUAAUUGGCGGAAAGGCAGCUAGAAAGGGGGAAUGGCCUUGGCAAACUGCAAUUUUUAAUAGAUUUAAGGAGGCAUUCUGUGGUGGAACUUUGAUUGCACCUCAAUGGAUUCUAACUGCUGCACAUUGUGUGCGAAAGGUUUUGUAUGUUCGACUCGGAGAACAUAAUCUCGAUUAUGAUGAUGGGUCGGAGUUGCAGUUUAGGGUUGCCAAAAGCAUUAAGCAUCCUAACUUUGAUAAAAAGACCGUUGAUAGUGAUAUAGCACUGUUGAGGUUACCAAGGCCAGUGAACGCUACCACAUGGAUGGGCUUCUCGUGCCUUCCAAGACCCUUUCAACCACUGCCCAAAAAUAUGGAUUGCACUGUCAUUGGAUGGGGCAAACGAAGAAAUCGCGAUCAAUCUGGCACAAGUGUUCUGCAUCAAGCCGAAGUGCCGAUCAUACCAAUGGAAAAUUGUAGAUCGGUUUACCAUGAUUAUACCAUUACCAAGAAUAUGUUCUGUGCUGGACACAAACGAGGACGCAUCGAUACAUGCGCUGGCGAUUCGGGUGGACCAUUACUCUGUCGGGACAGUACAAAACCUAAUCACCCAUGGACAAUAUUUGGUAUAACCAGUUUUGGUGAUGGGUGUGCGAAACGCAACAAAUUCGGUAUCUACGCCAAAGUUCCCAAUUAUGUUGAUUGGAUAUGGUCGGUUGUGAAUUGUAAUGGCAAUUGUAAGCCCGGCCAAACUCCAAAACGAUUUUAAGUAUUUUUUUUUAUUUUUAAUAUUAUUUAGUUUUUUGUUGUAUUUCGAUUUAUAGAUAAAUAGAUUUAAAUACAAUAAUACUAGAAUCAAAAUUGUAUACAGCAUGAUUAACAAAUAACUCAAUAAUUUAACUGGUGUUAUGAUCGUAUAUCACUUUUAUACAGGUAAUAGUACUUUUCCAGUCAUGACAUUUUCUUAGCUUGGAUAUCUGCAGUCUACUUUCGAUAACACUAAACGAAAUAUGUAUAUUAAUAGAUUUCAGUUUAUUGUGCCUUACAUCAGUCCUUAGAGUCCCUAGAGUGUAUAUUUGGUUCUUAAUGCAAACAUUUUUUCCAAUAGAAUAUGAUUUGUUAUUGUGUUGCUUUUUGUAUGGUGUCAAAACAAGUCUCAAAGUAGCAGUAAAAAUUUAAUUCAAAUUUUUAGUGAACUUUUUGAAUAACAAAUUAGUUUUAUUGAGGAAAAAUUAUCUCUGCAAUGCUUUUAACACAAUUUUUACCAUUUGUCAACACAUACACAUAAUAAGUCAAUCUGACGGAUAAAAACUUUUCAAAAUAGUUUACAAAUUUGAUAGUAAAUCAAAAGUAAAUCAAAUAAUUUUACCUAACGAAAUACAAAAAAAAAGUGCUUUUGUAUAUUUGCAAAAGACUGAAUAUCAGAAAUAAGUAAAGAAAACUUAAAAUAAGCCGCCAUUGACUGUGCCUUCGUUUUAAACAUAAGGGGUUUAAUAUGCAGUCUACUGUAUUCCUUAAAUGCCAAAUGAGACUAAAGCAACAAGCUAGUUUUUCAGAAAUGUCACUAGUCUCAAACUUGGAAUUUGAUUUUACUAACAUUUAGUUGUACAGAAAACACAUGUGUAAAUCAAGGAGUAAUAAAGUUCGGCUCUCAGCUGAAUGAAAAAACGAUCAGCUGGCAUUUUAGCAUAUUGCCUGCGUUCAAUCUCAGAACGAUAGGGUACCUUUCGGAUGCCUUUUUUUAAGUGUUUUACGUGUAAAAGAACAGCUGAUCCAAAUAAGCAGGGAUGUUGAAAAAGAAAUCCAAAGUUAUCCAAUAUCCAUGCCUACGUGGGUAUCUGACAUUACUUCUAAUCCAACGUAUGGACUUAAUUUUAUGGAACUUGAAAAUUGAAUUUAAAUUUUUAGUAAAAUUCCGGUGAACUAUUAAAAUUAUACGUUGGAAAUUUUGUUGUAUAAUAGUUGACCUCGAAACCUAAAUUUUUGUCUGGUUUAUGUGUCCCUUCAAUAAGGUAUCUGAAAAUCCACCUAUCCAGUUCAUUUUAUUCAACUCCAGAUUGGACGCAGCCAUUGGUCGCAUUCACAAAGCUAGUGACUACGUAGUCAAAAUUCAACUAACUUUUUGUGUUAUUACUCUCAGACUUUCUGUAUGCUGCGUGUUUCGCUUAUUUUCUUUUGAACACCCAUCCCAUCAAUCUCGCAUUAUUACACUAGGAUGUUUUUCGGUUGCGUGUUUUUGACACUUCUCUUUCACUUUUUGUUCUCAUCCACAAAAUCAAAGUGUGAAAAUAAUUAAAGAAAACUGCACUUUUUACUUCAGCUAUGAUUAUUGACAUCAUUAAUACGGAUAAUAAUUCCGAAAUGUUGUUAGAAGUUUAAGACCUUUGUGAGGAUGCUUUGAAAAUUCCCAAGCAAAAGAAAAAAAGGAAUUAGAUUGAAAUCUGGAAAAUCAAAUGAGGAACCAUCGUUUUCAAAUUAUAUAAGGACGAACGAAGAAACUUUUAACCUGCUUUUGUCGUUCAUUGAAAACGACAUUAAAAAAAUACAAUUUUAAAAGACAGAAAAGUUGGCUAUCACUUUGUUUCAACGGGUGAAACAUUCCAAAGCUUAAACUACCAAGCUAGACUCUUUCAAUCAUUCCUUCAUUCAACAGCUGAUUGUGAAACACCAAAUCAGUGCCCACUAACUUUGUAGCUGAAAUUUUUACACUACGUCUGAGGGGAAAUUAGAUUUAGCCAAUCGGAAUCCAUUGACUACGUAGCCACUAGCUUUGUGAAUGCGACCGUUGACUCUGAACAUUAUAGUAGAAGAAUUUUUUCCUAGCUUACUUUUUACACAACUUUAUUGAAAAGCAAUUUUUUGACAGCGGGCAAUAGGAAACUUAAAACUUGUCUUACCUUUGUCCUUGAGUACUAUAGCCAGCUUUGCAGUUUCAACAAUUGGCAAAGUGAGUAUUUCUAAUAUUUCAGAAAUGUCUCAGUUUUCAGAAAAAAUAUAAACUCAAUUUGUUUUACAAAUUUCUCAUUCUUGUUGUGAAAACUCCUAGAAUUAAAUUUGUGUGAUUCGAUUUAUCAAUUAUUCUUAUCCAUGAAUUUUAAAUAUGUAAAGGGUGAUUUUUUAAAAAAAGAAAAGAAAAGUUAAAAACAAAAAACACAUAAAAUUGAGAAAAAUACAUGAAAUAUUUAUUUGAAUCGAUAGUACGGUCCAUAUAAUUUAAUGUUUAAAGAUUAUUUUAUGAUUGACCUUGACUGCGCCUCGAAUGGUCCAUCCGCUUAGUCAAAUUUUGGCAAUCUCUUUCCAAUAUUUCGGCCAGUAUCUCAUAAACAUAGUCCCAAAAAAUUGCACAAAGGCGUUAAAUCGCACGAUCACUGAACUCUCCUCUCAAUAAGUCCAUUGUUGAGCUGCAACGUUACGAUUCACAUCAUCAUUGAAGAAGUACGGUCAAAUGAUGCUACCAGCCCAUAAACGGCACCAAACUGUGACUUUCUCUAGAUGCAUUCGUAGCUCUUGCAAAUGCAUCUGGCUGAUAUUCACUACAAAAUCGGCAAUUCUGCUUAUUUAGGUACCCAUUGAGCCAAAAAUGAGUUAAGUCUCUGAACACAAUUUUUGGCACGAUGAACUUUCUUAACAUUUUGAUAAUAAAGUUCAAUAAUUCCUUUGUAAUACGAUUUAUGGUUAAAUUAUAGACCAAAUUGAAGAUGUUUGACAGUGAAACAAAACACGAAACGUGCGUCAGCUGUUUAAUCCAGUGUUUCCAAAAAGACAAUAGCUAAAAAAUCACCCUUUACAUGCGUACGAAAAAGUUAAACACAAAUUCCAAUUAUUGGCUGAAACAAUUCUGAGCAGUCUUAAAAGUGUGAACUUGCUAAGAUAGCUAAUUUGCAUCAACAAUACAAAUUUUGCAAGAAAUUUAAAAUUCGGAAGUAUACUCAAGGACACGUUUCACGGAUUAGCACGUUUUGAUUAAAUUUAAUAAAUUUAAAAAGCAAGAUUAAGAUCACUUAUUAAUUAAUAAAUUUGAAGAUUAAAAUACAAAUUUAGAGCGAAUUUAAGGAAAAACUUAAUUGGCUCUUAAAGUUAGACCAAAACCGAUAGUAGAUUAUUUUAAUAGAUAAGGAUCGAAAGCUAUUUGGAGAUAUUAUUCUCUUUUUAACUUCAUUCCUUCUUUACAUUAUAUGAUGUAUUCACUAAAAUGCGAAACCGAUACCGUUGUCAAGCACAAAGUAACGAAAUAAGUUCACGAAAACUAAAACUCCUUAAGUUUGGAUAUCACAAACGCGAUAUGCACUACCUUAUUAUAUUAAAAAUGGCAGAGAAGUUUUUCUAAAUCUUGCUCUAGAAUAAAAAUGUAUUUUUGUUUUGUUUAAAUAACUUAUAGAAUCUCAUUAUCAAUGAACUAAGAAAAUCUUAACAUUAAAUUUGUACUUAUUUACAGACAACCAAUUUUGCAAAGAGGUAGCUGUGAAAGUAUACAAAAUGGGCCUAAAAUAAAUCAUAGACCAACCUAUACUUAAAAAUAUAAAAUAUCAAAAAAUUAUUUAGUUAAUAUUGGCAGCCAAAAUUUUAAUAGGCCAUUAAAUUUUAUAAAAUUAAAUUUCUACUAUCACCUUCAUUUUCUUAGUUCUUCGUUUUGGUACUUAAAUAAGUAUAAAGUCAUAAGCAAAUAGGACUGAAUCCACAAUCUCGAGGGAAUUUUCGUCAUCCCGGAAUUCUUCUUGCCUUCGAAAAUAUUUCUUGUUUCUGCUUCUUGGAAAUGAGUUCCUCUAGGACAAAUAUCUGAUACGAUAAUAACCAAAUUGUACUGGAAUUUCUUUUCCCUGUAUCAAUAAAUUCCGAUCAUUGUUUUAUUGUUGGGGGAAAUUUGUAUUCGCGAUAAUCCCCAAUAUUAUGCUUAUUUUCCAAAAAUUGUAUUUUCAUUUCUUUUCAAAUUGGAUUUCAUUAUUAUUUGUUUGUCGUUGUGUAAAGUAAAUAUUUUUAUGUAUAUGUGUGUGUAAAUUUAAAUCUUGUAAAUAACUUUACUUUAUAUACUAAACAAAAUUAAUUUAAUUUAAUAAUUUGAUUAUAUUUUACCUAAUUUAAGUAAAUUUUACAUUAAGACGAAUAUGACUUUAAAGAAAAUAAAAACAGGAAUAAUUGUAAAAGAAUAAUUUAUUGCACAAUGUACAUAUAAAAUUAAA